UCGUUUCACUUCACUUGCAGUUAUUCGCUGACGGUUGAGCGGUCGUCUCUCGUGGUGUAAUUAUUUCAUCAUAUCGUUUCGUUAUUCAGUAGGUCAUCGUAAUUUUACUCGAAACUAAUCUCACUGGUUUUUGCACUGAUUUAAAUUUCUCGUUAUUUUUUUUUUUUGACAUUCAAUUUAAAGAUCAUUAUGCCGAAUCGUGAUCCUGCCGCCGAACAACUUCAGAAUUACAAAACAUCUGCUACGAAAACGAAUACAUUGGUUACCGGCUAUGGGACCCCUUUUGCCUCUGCUAGCGCCUCUUUGACGGCUGGUCCUCAAGGGCCUCUCUUACUCCAAGAUUCAGACUUGAUUGAUGAGAUUACUCACUUCGACCGAGAGCGUAUCCCUGAACGAGUGGUACAUGCGAAAGGCGCCGGCGCGUUCGGGUAUUUCGAGUGUACUCACGAUAUUACAAAAUACACAAAAGCGUGUGUUUUUUCCAAAAUUGGUCAAAGAACCGACCUCGCAAUACGGUUUUCCACCGUAGCUGGCGAAAAUGGCUCUGCAGACACAAUACGUGAAGUACGUGGAUUUGCUGUCAAGUUCUAUACCCCUGACGGUAUAUGGGAUGUGGUUGGAAACAACACUCCGACAUUUUUCAUCAGAGAUCCAAUCCUAUUUCCGAGCUUCGUUCAUACUCAUAAAAGAAAUCCAGUGACGCAUUUGAAGGACGCUAACAUGUAUUGGGAUUUCGUAACUUUACGUCCAGAAACAGUCCAUCAAAUAAUGCUCACGUUUUCGGAUCGUGGGAUACCUGAUGGUUACAGACACAUGCAUGGAUUCGGUAGCCAUACUUUCAAAAUGGUCAACGAAAAUGGCGAAGCAUUUUGGUGCAAAUUCCAUUUCAAAACUAAUCAAAAAAUAAGAAAUUUACCAGUCGAGAAAGCUCGCGAAUUAGCAUCUUCGGAUCCAGAUUAUGCCAUUCGUGAUUUAUACAACGCUAUCGCCAAAGGAGAUUACCCGAGUUGGACUUUGUGUAUUCAAAUUAUGACAUUAGAAGAAGCUAAAACGUACAAAUAUAACCCUUUCGAUUUGACCAAGGUAUGGCCACAAUCAGAUUUCCCCUUAAUUGAAGUCGGCAAAGUGGUCUUGAACAAGAACCCAGUCAAUUAUUUCACCGAUGUUGAACAGAUGGCGUUUGCUCCUAAUCACCUAAUUCCCGGAAUAGAACCCAGUCCCGAUAAAAUAUUGCAAGGUCGUUUAUUCGCGUACAGCGAUGCUCAUCGUUAUAGAUUAGGACCUAAUCAUCUGCAGUUACCGGUUAAUUGCCCGUAUCGCGUCAGAAUGACCAAUCAUCAGAGAGACGGUCCUCACGCAUAUCGUAAUCAGGAAGGUGCCCCUAAUUAUUUCCCCAACAGUUUUGGAGGACCGCAGCCCAGUCCGAAGGGUAAAAUUGUACCGUUCAAUGUUGAAGGAGUUGCUGACAGAUAUGAGUCCGGUGACGAAAAUAAUUUCGAGCAACCACGAAACUUUUGGAAGAAUGUGCUUCGUGAAGACGAAAGGACCAGAUUAGUUGAAAAUCUUGUUGGUAGUAUAAAAAACGCUGCUGAUUUUAUUCAGGAAAGAGCGGUGAAAAUUUUCUCUAUGGUGGAUGCUGACCUAGGUGAACGUUUAAGAAACGGUUUGAAUAUUUCUGAAAAGAAUAAAUCUAAUUUAUAACGUAAUUAUCGUAUCGUAGUAGUUGUAAGGAAGGGCAACACCAUCAAUGUUCCUCUACUCGAAAAUAUUGUACCUAUACUCGUUCAAGCAUUCAUAUUUUACUCGCAUGAAUCCAAUUCAGUGGAAUUUAUUUUAAUGCCUAUUUAGUUGAACGUAAUGUGUAUUACAAGUAUUUCUAACUUGUUUUAUUUCCAAAUUAUUUUUUCUAUAAUUAUCAUUUUUCUCGGUUUCGUUUCGUCUAUUUUUAUUUUAUACAUAAUUCGUUUUAUGUCAUUUGUUACAAUAAUAAGUAGGUAUACUUCUUACUCAAAAUAAUUAUUAAAUGCAUUAAAUAUUA